AUGGAUUCUGGGAAGCAUUCCAUCCCCCAAUCCAUCAUGAAUCGUCUUCCUGUCUCAAGUCUCAUGUCACCUCCGGAGACAAAGCCAUUGGAUAGUUUUCAACCUUCUCCAUUGGCAAGAGAUAAUACCAUGGAUAUGAAGUUACCCCCAAUCUCAGCUGAUCGCAAACGAACCCAGUCCGAGAUGGAUCUUCCAUCACCCCCAGUCACCCCUUACACAGGGUCAAAGAAACGUCAUUCACAUACUGCCGAGCAGAUCGAGCGUGAGGUGGGUUCUUCCCGGGAUCCAGUUCUGUUUCCUCGUCAAGAGUCCAUUACUGGGGAGGAGCCGCUCUUCGGUCCCAUGCACCCGUCCCCCGAGGCGGUCGUGGAUCAACAUAUCAUCUCACACAUGGCCCAAUUUGAUAAUAAGCGGAAUAAACCCACGCGCGAUGAGUAUCUGCUGGCAUUAUCCUGUGUCCCCAUUGUGUCGACCCAGUAUAACCGCAAUCCUGCGGCCUGGGCGCGAGAAGAACGAGAGACUCUAGAGAGACAGUUGGCCUUGAUGAAUCGGUACCGACCGAGUGAGAUGUCAUCCAAGUUAAAGAGAAUUGUCCCUGCCCCUAAGAAGGUCGUGACCCCCCGAGUUCCGCGCACCCGAGUCAAGCGCACCCCUAAGUCUACCCCUAAGCAACAGACGCUUGAUACCUUUGAUUCCCCCCCCUCUGCUUCUACUCCUGCUUCCGCUUCUAAGCCCCGCGUCUUGGGCACUAACCGGGACGACACCGACUUCCAUGUUCUUCAGGAUUACUCCCCUCCCCUGGAGACCUUGGGCAAUAAUGCCAAAGCAUUGAAGGCCGACUGGAAAGGGCAAAUGUUGGAUUUGAGCAAUGACCCGGACAGGCAUCUCCUCAGUCCCGCCGAGUUCAAUCUAGCUUCCACCUUGCGAUUGUCUUGCGCCACUUAUCUCUGCAGUAAACGCCGCAUCUUUGAGGCUCGUCUGCGAGCUUUGAGUGUUGGCAAGGAGUUCCGCAAGACAGAUGCCCAGCAGGCUUGCAAGAUUGAUGUCAACAAAGCAAGCAAGCUCUGGACUGCCUAUGAAAGGGUUGGUUGGUUCAAACCUGAAUACUUUCACCAGUAUUUGAGAUGA